UCCGAGGCACCCAUCGCCAAGGAACCGCCGUCUCCGCCAUCGCCAUCUCUUCCCCUCCAUGUGGCUGUAGGGAUUGUACAGUAACCAAAAAAAAAAAAAAGAAAGAAGAGGGGGGAAAAAGCCAUGGGGACCCCAGGCAGCUCAGGGAGGGAGAGAGCCCUUCUUCUGCUCACGGUGCUGGUUUCGACAAUGGUGCUAACUCCAACUUUGGCCAUCCACGUUUACACAGACCGAGAAGUCCAUGGCACGGUGGGCUCCAAAGUUACGCUUUCCUGCUCCUUUUGGUCUAGGGAAUGGAUCUCCGAUGACAUCUCCAUCACUUGGCAUUUUCAGCCAGAAAAUGGCAGAGACUCUGUUUCGAUAUUCCACUAUGCCAAAGGCCAGCCUUACAUAGAUGACAUUGGACGCUUCAAGGAACGCAUUGAGUGGAUUGGUAACCCUCGCUGGAAAGAUGGUUCCAUCGUCAUCCAUAACCUGGAUUACAUAGACAACGGCACCUAUACAUGUGAUGUCAAGAACCCCCCUGACAUCGUGGGGAAGUCGUCUCAGGUCUUGCUCUACGUCUUUGAAAAUGUGCCUACCAGGUAUGGUGUUGUGUUGGGAGCUGUCAUUGGAGGUGUUCUGCUCGUGGUCUUUGUUGUGUUGGUGAUCGCCUAUCUCAUCCGGUAUUGCUGGCUGAGGAGACAAGCCACUCUGCAGCGGAGACUCAGCGCUAUGGAGAAAGGGAAGUUGAGGCUGGGCAAGGAUUCUUCAAAAAGAGGCCGUCAGCAACCCGUCCUGUACGCCAUGCUGGACCACAGCCGCCUCACCAAGUCGGCAAGCGAUAAGAGGUCCAAGAAAUAGCGGUUAGCCGGCAGGGAAGGUACCCAGAAGAAGGUGGGCGAGAAGAAGGUCGUCAUGACCAUCGAGAUGGAACUGAAGAGGGACCAACUCGAGGCCGGAGGCCUCAAGCCCGCCGUCAAGUCCCCAAGCAAGAACAGCCUCAAAAACGCCCUCAUGAACAUCAUCAAAAGCGAUUCGGAAAAGUGAUUGGAUACUGAAAAGGUGGCGAUGAUCCCAGCCCUCCGUCCUGAGGAGAGAGGCCUGGGAUAGUCUCCCCUACAUCCAACCCUCUUGGUUUUGUAUCCCGCCAUGUUCUUACACACUUCAUUAUAGCCCAUCUAGUCUGGGGCUGAUGGGAUUUGGGCAUAUUCCUGUCCAGUCUCUGUCCCUAUUAAGAUAUUGAUGGAGAGCCUUUCGCAUCAUAGAUGUAUAUCCAAAGCAUAGGGAAUUUGCACCCACCUAAGUGACUUAACAUUAUUAAUAACUCCUAGGACGUUGUGUGCACAUUAAAACCAUGAGGCAAACUGAGGCAGGGUGAUCCUAGGGAACAAACUAUGCCCCCUCCCCAUUAUGAGGUGCCUCUUCUUCUCUUUUAAGUCUAGAAACAGGCUGGUUCAGCAUCUUGGAACACCAUCACACCCAUGCUUUGCUACUCAGAGUAGACCCACUGAAAUUAAUGACCCUGGAUAAGUUAGGUUCAUUCAUUUCAACAGAUUUACUCUGAGUUGAAUACCAUGCAGAUACUUUUUUUCCUGAGGCACAGGCGACUCUCCUGAGUGACCCAGUCUCGCCACUGUCAACUUCAAGGCCUCCAUGCGAAAGCUGUAGAUGGACAAUAACAGACCAGGCUUAUUUUCUGGUUUUCUAAUGGGAUCCUGGCCUUCUGUUUAGGGUGAAUCUUCACCCGGAACUACAGGGCUCAAAUUCCCAUCAGUCACUAGGCCCGAUACGAUGCCUUGAGGCCUGGAUAGACAGGUGUCCUCCUACUUCUAGUUUUCCUCAAAAUCCCCCAAAACAUUGGCAAGAAAGACAUGCAACCUCCCCAGACAGGGGUACCUUCUACUGCCCAAACGGCUGUGACACAACCCUCUUCCGCUCG